GGCAACUCUAGCCUUUCAGACGAGGCGGCCGUGACAUCUGACGCUGCCCAAGGCCUCGCUUCUAGGCCCGACGAUCAGCAAGCUCAUCUCCUGAUAUGCACGAAGGAUCACCACAAAACAUGGGGAUCAUACCAUGGACACUCAGCUGAAAAGGCACCUUCCUCUUUCCCUUUUCUCCCCACCUCGUAGAAGGGAUCUUGGGGCAUUGUCGAUAUCUAGCUAGCUCCGGGGCCCCAGAAGACGUUGUGGAUAUGGCACAUGGGACCAUGACACGGGUCUGUAUAAAUACGAUGCUAAGCACCUCCGAAACAGGAGAGCUAGAUUCUCGCCAUCCACCUCAACUUGCCACUCUUUAAUGCUAUUUACUCUCCCUCUCAGCCGUUAGCCUUUUGACAUUGACACAUAUUCCCCGAGCCCUGAGCCAUGGCUACGAUUACAGAGAAGACCUCCACGAUGCACGACAAAAAGACGGCAGACCCUGGACAGAUGUUCACGAGGCCCACCAACGACGACGAGGAAAUCGCAGGCGAGAUCUCUGAGUGGGAGAAGAAGAAGACUCUCGCUGGCAAUGCCAAGUUCCACCGUCUCGGCUGGAAACGCCUCACCAUCAUCCUCAUCGUCGAGGCCGUCGCCCUCGGUGCCCUAUCGCUGCCAGCUUGUUUCGCCACCCUGGGCAUGGUUCCCGGCACUCUCAUCUGUGUCUUUUUCGGACUCAUUGCCAUCUUCGCCGGUCACAACGUCGGCGCGCUCAAAGUCAAGUACCCCGAGGUGCAGAACUAUGCCGACGCAGGACGCUUGAUGUUCGGGCGUGUUGGAUACGAAUUUGUCGGCGGAAUUUUCCUCCUGGAACUCAUCUUCGUCUCGGGAUCCCACUGCUUGACUGGAACUAUCGCCUUCCAGGAUUUGACCAACAAUGGCGCCUGCGGUUUGGUCUUCGGAGUUGUGUCUGCCAUCAUCCUCUUUGGCGUAUCAGUGCCCCCAUCAUUUACGGAGAUGGCUAUUCUUGGAUACAUCGAUUUUGCCUCGAUUCUCAUCGCCAUUGGUAUCACCAUUAUCGCCACCGGAAUCCAAGCCUCUGACUCUGUCGGUGGCAUGAGCUCCGUCGACUGGUCAGCAUGGCCCCGAGAUGGUGUAACUGUUCACGAGGUCUUCGUCGCGAUUGUGAAUAUCAUCCUGGCUUAUACUUUUACCCUAUGCCAAUUCUCCUUCAUGGACGAGAUGCACACCCCUAUGCAGUACCCCAAGGCUGUUUGGGCUACCGGAAUCGUUGAAAUCUUCAUCUACACCUUGACGGGUGCUCUCGUCUAUGCUUUCGUUGGCAGCGACGUUCAGUCGCCUGCUCUUCUUUCCGGUGGACCUACGAUCAGCAAGAUUGCAUUCGGUGUUGCUCUUCCGGUUAUCUUCAUCAGCGGUGCCGUCAUCACCCAAUGCGCAGCCCGAUUAAUCCACGGACGAAUCUAUGCGAACCGCGUUGAGCGUUAUGUGAACACCACAAAGGGCUGGGUUACUUGGCUUGCAACAUUAUUCGCUAUUGUGCUUAUCGGCUGGAUCAUCGCCGAAGCUAUUCCCUUCUUCGGCAACUUGGUGGCACUAAUCUCGAGUCUCUUCAACUCCGGGUUUGCACUUUACCUGCCUGCUUUGAUGUGGUUUGUCCUCCUCCGAGAAGGACCUUGGACUACACGAGAGAACCUGGUCAAGGGCGCUAUCAACGGAUUCAUGUUGAUUGCUGGCCUGGUCGUGCUUGUUGGUGGAACCUGGGCGUCAGUCAAGAGCAUCGUCGACGAUUACAAGGCGGGAACCGUUGGGAGUUCUUUCUCUUGCUCUUAAUAGCGUAGCCAAAGAAAUUUAAUUCAACCUUUUAUUAUUUGUUAAAUCUAAGUUAUCGGUUGCUGAUGAUGCACACUCUAACCACCCCGCAUCGCUUUUGGAUUGUAUUACUCUGUGAGCCAAAUGUCGAGGACGCAG